UGUUCUCUUUCUUAAGUCACUUUUAUACACUGUCCUCACUGAACUGUGCACCAAAUCUCACUAACAGGGAGCGUGAAAGGACAAGACAUUGAAAAAAGGGCACUAAGAGCAUCAGUGAGAAGACACUGCCCUCCCUCCUCAGGGAUCAGUAAGUAGAUUUCCUGCUUACACUCUAAAGACAUGAAGAUCAUGAGCGACAAUAUAUAGAACUAGAUGUGGGAUUCUUACGAUCAGAUUAUAUAAUUGUUGAACUAUGCAGAAUGCCACAUACAUAGAAAAAGAUUAUACAUCCCGUCUCAAUGCUGACAUUAAGAAACUUCCAAGUUUUUCACACGUCCAACAAGCUAUGCCAUCCAUUGUGAAGUAUAGCAGACUACCUCCCUACCAUGAGGGAUAUCCCCCUCACUUUCCACACUUCCAGUAUGACCAAUCAGAAGACAAUCUGCACCAUUUGCAUGAAGCACUAGAAAAUGGGUCACACAGAAGAAAGAAUUUGCCUUCUAAGAUGUCCCAUGAGGUUGAAGACCAAAAAGUCCAUGUGCAGACGGAAGAAGAAACAAAACACUUUCUCCCUUCUCAUCUACCCCUGUUUUAUCAUCUGUCACCUUUUUCAAGCUACAAUGCAAAAAGGGUUGAUUUUCCCAAUAUUGGACUUCAGUACUUCAGAACUAUGGACCCAUUUUGGCUUAGUCCAUUAAAGCAAGACACAGUAAGAACAAAUGCAGUGUGGCCUGCUGGAUCACUGUGUCUACACCCCUCUUACCCAUUAUUUCAUAAAAAUUACCCUGACAUGAUGCUCCCCUUCCAUGUGCCCACACAAACUAUGCCUGUAAAUCCAUCCUUUAAUACAAUCCAUCCAGCUGAUGAUGCUGUGAGCAAAGCCACAAUCCAGGAGCAGGAUGAUAACAAACAUAAGGUGGAGAGGGUAGAUGUCAAUAUUCAGAUUGACGAUAGCUUCUACGUGGAGGUGGGCAAUCAGAAACGUUGGAAAUGUCCAAUGUGUGAAAAGUCUUAUACAUCCAAAUAUAAUUUAGUGACACAUAUUUUAGGGCACAGUGGCAUCAAACCUCAUGCCUGUUCACGCUGUGGAAAAUUGUUUAAACAGCUCAGUCAUUUGCACACACAUAUGCUAACUCACCAGGGCACCAGGCCACACAAAUGCCAAGUAUGCAAUAAAGCUUUUACCCAGACCAGCCAUUUAAAGCGCCACAUGAUGCAGCACAGUGAUGUGAAACCAUACAACUGCAGGAUAUGUGGCAGAGGGUUUGCUUAUCCAAGUGAACUGAAAGUCCAUAAGUCAAAACAUGAGAGUGGACGAGAAAACAUCUGUGUGGAGUGUGGACUUGACUUCCCAACACUGGCGCAGCUUAAAAGACACUUGGCAGCCCAUAGGGGCCCCAUUCAGUACAACUGUAGUGAAUGUGAUAAAACAUUUCAGUAUCCAAGCCAACUGCAGAAUCACAUGAUGAAACACAAGGACAUCCGGCCAUAUAUCUGCUCCGAGUGUGGCAUGGAAUUUGUACAGCCACAUCAUCUUAAGCAGCAUUCACUGACACAUAAGGGUGUAAAGGAACACAAGUGUGGGAUUUGCGGUCGAGAAUUCACUCUUCUGGCAAAUAUGAAGCGGCACAUCCUGAUCCACACAAAUAUCCGAGCAUAUCAGUGUCAUCUCUGUUUUAAAAGCUUUGUCCAGAAACAGACUCUUAAGGCGCACAUGAUCGUCCACUCUGAUAUUAAGCCAUUCAAGUGCAAGCUGUGUGGGAAGGAGUUUAAUCGUAUGCACAAUUUAAUGGGCCACAUGCACCUACACUCCAACAGCAAACCCUUUAAAUGUCUCUACUGUCCUAGUAAGUUCACACUAAAGGGAAACCUGACGCGGCAUAUGAAGGUUAAACAUGGUGUCAACGAAAGAGGCUUCCACUCUCGAGGUUUUACCCGUGUAAGAGCAGAUCUUUCUCAUUCAAUUGUCCAUCAUAAUAUGGAGCAGAAAGAACCCUAUGACUUGUCCAGAAAAAAAGGAGAUGAAGAGACAUCUUGUCAUUCAGAUGGAGAAAGUGUAAAGAGCAAUUCUUUCCAAGAGGAGGAGGAGGAUGACACAUACAACAGUCAAAGAAAAUAUCAAAAAGACAUCCAUAAGGAGCCAACACAUCUUUCUGAGAAACAUGGUCAUUUCUUCAAGGAGAUGUCAAAGAAGGACAACCAAGAGAUUCUCUACAAAGAAAGAGAUGCAGAAAGAAUAAGUAACCAGCAUAAAGAGGAAAGAACAGAUGUGGACCUAGACCACAAAGAGGGAAGUUUAGGAUUAUCUGUUCCUUAUUACUUAUAUUUGAAGAACAGAAACACAGAUGAGAAGCUUGUGGACUAAAGCCAUAAAUGGACCAGAGAGAAGUAACACAACACCUGAAUAUAUGAAAAGACAUUUAUUGUAAAGCAUCUGAAUUUAGCAAAUAGAACCAGUAUCAUUCCACACAAUACUGUAUACUGUAAUCUGUUGUAGUACAGUAGAUUUGAGCUAUAUUUCCAUUGGCUUUGUGUUACUGGGACAAUGACAUCAUUGCACUUCUUUUGAUGAACUGUAGGCCAAAUAUGCCGCUAUGCAUGAACUGCCAUUAACAUCCUGCACUUACAGUAUAUCAUAUUUAUUUAUAAAAACGUAUUGUCCUCUUUACUGAGCACAUAAUAAUAAUGAUAAUAAUAAAACAAA